CUCAUAGCCGUUAAAGCUGAGCUGGCCGUUGGGCUGUUCAGAUUUUUGCUCCUGUCGACGACUUUCUCUGAGUGUGAGGCAGCAGCCGCUUGAACCAGGAAGAUUUACACACGUCAGCGGAGAAAAUACCUCAACGAGUCCGCUGUCUGAAUCUCAAAUCAGUCGGGUUUAACUUUUUGACGAAAAGGGAAGUUUGACAAAUCGACGCCAUGGACCCCGCCAGUCAAGAUAUCAACCUGAACUCUCCCAACAAAGGUCUCGGUGUGGAGCCUUCAGACAGCCUGUCGGACGUGCCGGUGGAGGGAGCAGUGGGGAACUCGGUCAACCCUCUCCCACCCGGUCUGACAGAGGAAGAGGCAGAGGAGCUCCGCGUCGAGCUCACAAAGGUGGAGGAGGAGAUCAACACCCUGCGUCAGGUUCUUUCAGCCAAAGAGAGACACUCCACAGAGCUGAAGAGGAAACUCGGCCUCAGCCCGCUCAACGAACUCAAGCAGAACAUCAGCAAGAGCUGGCAGGACGUCCAGACCUCCAACGCAUAUGUGUCUGCCUCAGCCACUUUGGAUGACAUUACCCGCUCUGAAGCAUACAAGAAGACUCAGGAGACUCUUUCCCAGGCGGGACAGAAGACCAGUGCAGCUCUCAGCACAGUGGGCACGGCCAUCAGCAGGAGACUUGGCGACAUGAGAGCUCUACCUUUCUCUAAUUCCUUUAGUAGCAACUAUUCCAUUCGCCACUCGAUAAGUAUGCCCGCCAUGAGGAACUCUGCGACCUUCAAGUCGUUUGAGGAUCGAGUGGGGAACCUGAAGGUGAGCCAACCGUAAACAUGAGCUCAGAGAACCUCCACAGGGAACACGCGUAUAAGGUCGUUGGCCCCAAAGGAAACGGGGAGCCCGUCACCCCCACCGACACCACCCCCACUCAGGAAAACCCGCCUUUCUGAACACAUCUCUCCUCCUCUUCCUCCUUCGCUGCCACCUUCCUCACGACCUGAGACUGUACUGUUAUCACAUCGCCGUCGCCACCUCCACUUCACCCACUCCCCCACCACCCACUUCUCCCCCCCUCUUAGGUCUGUAAGCGCCGACGGGUGGAGGUGAAGGACUCGUGGGUUUGGGGUGGGACGGGCUGCUGCUCCCUUUGACUCCCUGUUUUCUGUUGAAGAAAAGAUCGAUGUUUUGUUGAUGUCUAAAUCAUUUACUUUGUUUCACCUCCGGCCUCCACUUCCUCCCCCGUUCCAUCCUCCCCCCCUCCUCUGUUAUUCCAAAUAAGUGGACACCCUCACCCCCUGCACUCCUCAGAAACCUUUUUAAAACUGUAACUGUUUCACCUGGUUACACAUGGCAUUAUAAGAUCUCUGCUUCUUAAGUUUAAGGGGGAAAAAAAUCAGGUUACAUUUGUUGAGAUCAAACAUAAAAUAUUGAAUCUGCUUGUGUGUUGGUGCGUCCAAACUGAGAGUUUAGGAGCCAGGCGUCUGCAGACGAGGGGGGAGGAGUAAUUUACAGACAUAAUCAAGACGGUGGUUCAUGUGCUAGUCAAACUUUUUACUUCUUUCUGACUGCUAUCGUGCAGAUCACCUGCUAAAGUCGCCACAGUCUCCUUAAAAUGGGCUCAAACUUGUUCUUAAUUUUGGUGCAAACGCCGGCGUUAGAGGUUAGAGGUCGAGGGAGGAAGAGAAGGUGGAGGAUCCAGGACAUCCCAUCCCCCCCCCCCCCCACACACACACACACACACACACACACACACCUUAAGACCCUGCUACAUGCAUGUGCAUAUCUCAUCUCAGUUGUACAAAAAAAAAAACGACCGCGCAAAGAUGACCUCGGUCCCGUGUAACACCCCAGGAUGUAAAAAAAAAAAUAAAAAACAAACCAUUUUGUAUUAAGAACUAUUUUACACUGCUUUGCAUAAUGUUUUUACAUAACUUUUAUCGAUAUGUAUAAAUAUAUAUGAGUAAAUAUAUAUUGUCACUGAUGCUGCCGGACGGUGGUGAUCAGGUUCGGAGGUUUAAAAAAUAAAAAAAAAGCAGGAGGGAGGAUAAGCAAACUUAAAAAAAACAAACAAAGAAACACUAUGGGUCAGUUUCACAGAGCGGCACGAGUUCCACGAGGACAAAAAGCCGCCUCGAUGUUUGUGAAACUGAUUCAUUAACGAGCUGCAGUCGUUUGGUGCACACGCUGAGAAGGAGCGUAAUCAAAGUGGUUUGAUGUGUGUUCACACCACUUUGUUUGUGUUUCUCUUCUGGUUUGACUGCUGUUUUGUUCAAACACAGGACUCGAUGCUUUGCUGUGUGCACUACCUGGUGAAUGUGGACGCUUCUCUUAUCGGCCUUACUCACUUCAAAUGUUUCACUCGUUAGUUUUCAUUUAGCUGGUGAGAAAAGGUUUUGGUUAUUUUCUCUUUAUGUUCCUUUUUCUCCUUUAGUUGUACAGAUCGGUUUGAUUGAAGGAUUAGUGUUUAGAUAUUCAGAGUUGUGUCAUAGAAAAACAAAUAUUUGCCAACAAGCCCCUUAAUGCACACACACACACACACACACACAUGCACUCCUUAUAACACAAACGAAAAGAUGCUGCAUGAGGCCAAACGUACACAAACUGUACAAACUCACUUAUUGUUGUGCUCUAAUGUGAUAAACAGAAGCUCUUCUAAACGACACGCCCUCACACACAAACACUCAGCGUUGUGCACUUUUCUCUGUAGUGUGAAAAAGAAGCUUUUGUUCUUCUGUCUUGUGCGCUGAAUUUGCUGAUACAAGGGCAACAUUUCCACUUACAAAAAAAAACAGCAAUCUUGCAUUUCUUGUAUAAUCUUGCAUUUUGCCAAAAUUGUCUAAAAAUGUCGGCCAAUCCCGAGUUGCUCUUAAAAACAGUGACGGUGUUAUCCGUUGUCUCUUGCAUUGCCAAAAAUCGUCUUUAUAGUCGUCUGUGUAAAUGUUGCUUUUGUAUCCUGCUCGGCUCGAUGUGGGCCGUGUAGAAAAGGUCAAUUUGAGGUGUUUUUUGAUCAUUAAAUGAUUAAAGCCUAAACUUCCCUUUGAAGGUUUAAAAAAACUAUUAAACCAAUUAAAGAGCCUUAAAGUCAAUAAAAGUGAGAUGAGAGGAAUCAUCGUUUGGACUAUAAUGGACAACGAUCAAACUGCUGCACAUGUCAUACCCUGAGUGUGUUUUUCUUUUUUUGUCAUUGGCGUUGAGCCUUUAUUUUGGUAGGUAAUUACUUCCUGUUCUGUUUUCUUUUGGCUCGCUGUUAAGAGAAGAUUUGUACAAAUAAUUUGCCAUCAGCUGAAAAAAAGUUGCCAAUACUGAAAUAUCUGUUACAAAAAUCUCUUUUUACCUCUGAAUCUCACAGACUCAGACUCUCUGCUUCACCAAGAUGAAAUUAUCAGCUCAUUUAUUAAGAUUUUUUUUCUGGAAAUCUCAUUUUUCUUGUACAGAGUGGAGCAGCCCUCGAUCUCGAUGCCUAUAGUCAGAAGGGGAUCUCACUAUGUGCAAGAACGACAGAUUAAAUAGAUUUCUUUGUGGCCUGUUUAAAGCUGCGGUCAGUUUGGGGUUUAUUUAACGGAUAGGAAACUAUGACAUUUUUGGGUGCCAAUGGGAAGUGCGAGCGCACGCCGAGCCCGCUCUGAGCCGGGCUGGAGGACAGUUAGAGUACUUUAGGUUUACUUUAGGUCCUGGGCGGAGCUGAUGUAGAAAUCAAAAGGGAUCAGAUUUGAAAGAUUAUGGUGAAUAAUAAAUAAACACUUCUUUUGGUUUUGUUGUAUAUGUUUGGAUAUCAAUAAAGCAUUCCUUUAAAUGAAAA